UUCAAAACAAAGUCCACGUCAACACAACAAACAACCCGACUCGACCGGAAAUAGGUGCAAUUGCGCCGUGUUUUCUGUAUUGUUUUUGUUUUUCGUGUCGGAUUAGGGAACGGGACUUGUCAUGAGUUCGUAUUAUUCACAGAGGCCCAGCUCACCGCCGCGCGCGCCGUCGUCGGUGGUGCCUUCACACAGUCAAGCUCAGCCUGGCGCUUCGUGGCCACCCCCUUCUCCUCCUUCCCAGCACCACCCCGAGACCUCUGCAUAUCCUGCGAGCUACUACUCACAUGGUGCUUAUGACGCCUCGUACUCAAGAGAUCGGGCAGGCUACCCACCCCAGCCGGCGCCAGCAGGCGAUCGAGGUCUAGAAAGCGCUCCAUACGAGAGUAGCAGGCACCGGUACGACGACCGCGGCCAAGCACCACCUGCACCCGCCUACGCUGAUCCAUACCCCGGAAGACCCUACUCUGUUCCAGCAAUGCCGCCUGCUCCGCUGCCAACCAAUCGCCCCGGAUACCCACCCUACGACGGUGGCGCGGCACCCCCAGAUCCCUACCCGCGCAGUCGAGACCCCUAUCGUCAACACAGCUACCGAUCCGGCGAGUCGCGCAGGAGCCCUCCUCCUUUUGCUGCCAACAAUGCUGGUCAAUCGAGAGGAUAUUACUCUUCGUCACAACAGCCUUCCUUUUCAUCAUCAAAUCAGUAUCGUCGCGAUGAUCAGCGACACGAGAGACAGUACAGUUCAGGCGGCGUCCCGAGUAUGUCGGCGUCGUAUCCUCCCCCUUCUCCUACGCGUGGCUCCGAUCCCUACUACCGCUCUCGCAAUCGUCAACGUUCCGUCUCGCCCGACCGAAGAGCAAAAUAUGGUCACGGGCCAGAUCAAGGCCACCAGUCAUCGUCUUUCAGAUCGUCUCGGUCAAAUCACCCAGAGUCGCGGGAACACGCACCCCGCGGAUCUUCAAAUCAGGGCGGUAACUAUCGGCCUAAGCCCGUGCCAGCUGUCGUUGGCGGUCCGUCAGAUCAACCUCAGGCACUUCAGCCUCUCACAUACCAUGUCCCCGAGCCGGCGAAGGAGAUUCGUGCGGAAGACUUUGUCAACGAUGCUCCAUUACCUGUAUUCCCUAUCCGCCCUCCACAACAACUACGUACACCCCUAUCAGCCACGUAUGCCGAGACAGAGGCGCAAAAAUCCGGCACAGAUCUUGUACGCGAUUCAGAAAACAGAAAAAUUCGAGACCCUGCUCGAGACAUUGUGGACCGGAAAGCGUUGACGAGAAAGCAUCCUCCAAAGAUCGGAAGAAACCCUGCAGAUCCACUAGACGACGUUCCACUUCCACCUAGUGUCGGACCAACGACAGGAUCAACGCCUGGCAGAGGGAGAUUAUCAAAAAGAGAGGCAGAGGUGUCGUUAGAAAGAACGGUAAAGCGGAUGCGCGAAGGUGAGGACGGAGAUGAGGAACAUCGAGGCGGAAGCGCCAAGAAGAUCCAUCUAGAUCUAUCAUCGUCGCAAGUGUCGUCGUCAUCUAGUAGUACCGGCAGUCGCUUAUUUGCCCGGCCGAGCGAGACAAUUGCAUCUGAGGCAACACCCGCUGGAGAUGGCAAUCUACCCGAAAAUCUACUGAGAAUUGUCGAGGAUACUCUGGCGCAGAUCCGUGGUAGUGGCCGAAGUGGUAAUGGCCGUGGUGACAGUCAACAAAAGGGCGCGGAUGAGGGCGCUGCAGAUACAACAGAUGCUGCCAAUUCUGAAAAAUAAGCGUCAUUCAUAUUCCAUUACAUCCAGCAACUUUUAUACAUUUUUUAUCAUCAGUUUUGCUCCAUACACGAUAUCAUGUCUCUCACAACUCAAUACCGGAACAUCUCGCACACAAAAAGAAGACCUUACUUGAUUCCUUGAUUUACCACAGUUCAUCUUAUCUAUCGCUUCUGGAAUGAAACCCGGGCUGUAAUUUGCUUCGUUUAUUUUUUUAUCUGAUUGCGUCGCUUUGAGCGAUUUAUUUAUUUGCGCAGAGCAAGAUUUUGCUUAUAUCUAGAAUCACCUGCAGAACCGAGAUGGAGUAUGGGGCAUAUGACUAUAUUUAAGUACGAAUAUUUUGUAAUUGAUAGCUAUACAAUGAUAAAUAAUGAACAGUCAUGAC